AUUUCGCCACUUAAUUUUAGUAGUUAAUGUGAAAUUAAGGCGCAAUGUGUUAAAUUUCUUGAACCCCGUGUUAUUAGAAUAUUUGCUUGUCACUAAAAGUUUCCGUAGUGAGGGCAUACUUACAGCGCGCCGGAAGAAAACAUGCCCAACUUGUAGAGUCGUGCUAAACAAAGUAAACACAUUAAGCAGUGAUUUGUUCAAAUUUAUUUACUUAACAAACUGAUUCGCUUGAAUUAGCCACACGUAACUCACCUAUUCAACGUGUAAAUAUUAACAAUACUUAAUUUAAUUUAUAUUAUUUGCGUAUUACGUUGGAUCAAGUACAUUUACGUAGAAAUUAAAUAAGAUGACGUCGCCAAAAGAUGUGCGAAAACGUAAGUUGAACACAAACGAUGACCAAGCGGGUGGCGCUGCUACCAUUAGACGCAAAUCUGGCAGUCCAAACGGUGGUGGCUCGAAGGGUUUACCCAGGGGAUUAAAGUUUUCAUUUCUCUGCCUUUUGCUGUCUGCUGUAUGUCUGCUGAUCCUUUUUGGUGUUUACGUGGACUCCACCAGUCCAUUUUUGGUACGCUUGGCAUCGAAAUUAGGUUAUACACGCAAUCAGUUUGCAGUUAUCAUUGACGCUGGUUCGACUGGUAGUCGCGUUUUGGCAUACAAAUUUGAUCGAAGCUUUAUUGACAACAAGCUGGUCUUGUCCGAGGAGCUUUUCAAAGAACGCAAACCGGGACUCUCAUCGUUCGCGGAAAAUCCCUCACAAGGCGCACAUUCCAUUAAAUUGCUACUCGAUGACGCUAAAGCGUUUGUGCCCAAAGAAAAGUGGUCGACAACACCUUUAGUGCUCAAAGCAACAGCCGGCUUGCGGUUAUUACCACAACACAAGGCCGAAAAUCUGUUAAAUGCCGUGCGUGAACUUUUCGAAAAGUCGGGUUUUAGCGUUGACCCAGACGCCGUAGAGAUUAUGGAUGGUACGGAUGAAGGCAUAUUUUCAUGGUUUACCGUUAACUUCUUGCUUGGGCGCCUAUCCAAAAUAAAUCAAGCUGCAGCCUUGGAUUUGGGUGGCGGUAGUACACAAGUCACUUUUGCACCGACUGAUCCCGAUCAGUUGCCGCUUUACCAGAAAUAUAUGCACGAAGUGAAUACCUUAAAUCGACAAAUUGCCGUGUUUACACACAGUUACUUAGGGUUGGGUUUGAUGGCGGCGCGUCACUCAGUAUUUACAAAAGGUUACAGUAAAGAUGAGAAUGUUGUGGAAUCUGUAUGCGUUAAUUCGAUAAUUAAUAAUCGCACAUGGGUUUACUCGAAUGUGGAAUAUAAAGUGAGUGGCAAACCAAAUCCGAAAUCUACAGCCGAAGAGCCAGUCGUAGACUUUGAACAAUGUUUAGAGGCAGUUAAAACUCAAGUGUUGCCACUAGUUAAACCGAAACCUUUCACCUUGAAGCAGCAUACAGUGGCUGCUUUCAGUUAUUAUUUCGAACGCGCCAUAGAAUCUGGUCUCAUUGAUCCCUUCGAAGGCGGCGAGAUUACGGUGUCUGCUUAUCGCAAGAAAGCGGAAGAAAUAUGCAGCAUUGCGAAUGACGAACAGCCUUUUAUGUGCUUCGAUUUGACUUUUAUUUCGGUGUUGUUGCGUGAGGGAUAUGGUUUGGGAGAUAGUAAGAAAAUAAAGCUUUACAAAAAAAUCGAUGGACAUGAAAUUUCAUGGGCUCUAGGCUGCGCAUACAAUGUUUUGACCAGCGAUGACAAAUACAAUUCCUAAAAUCUAUAAAAACAAUAAUGAAAAUAUCACAAACACAUCCAACAAUAUACAUAUAGAAGUGUGUAUAUAAUAAUAGUGAAUUAGUAGUGUAAAAAAAUUGAAAAGUGCUUUGUAGUAUGUAACUAAAAACUCCAUAUUUCUAAAGCCAGUGCAGUGCGGUAUGUGAAAAUAAACUAGGCUAAAUCUGGGCAAUCACGAAUUAGCGCUAAUAACCUUGUUAGAACUAAAUGCCAUAGUGCCUUAGUAAACUAAAAAAAUGUUUUCACUUUGAUUUCAAUUGAAAAAUCUCAACGUAGAUUAGUAGUGUAAUGUGACUUUAAAUGAUAUUUUGUGUAUACUAAGGAUGUGUUUGUUUGGCAAUACAAAUAUAUUUUAUUCCUUUAUAUACCGUUAAACACUAUGUGUUGGUAUUGAGUCAAUUAAUUUUUAUUUUAUUUUUUUUGUUUAGGUUUGCAACAUAAAUGUCAUAAUGUACCAUGUAUAUAUAAAAUAAAUAAGAUUUUUUAACUUAUGUGAUUGCAUUGGAAUUAGUAUAUUGUUUGGAUCGUGUAAAUGUAUUCAUAAUUGAGGGCAAUUUAAUAUAAUGCUGUACUGUACUUUAUUAAAUAAUUAUAAAUAAAUUAAUAAACAACUAUAAUUAACAUUUCUGUGAAA